AGAGGGGAGUGAGGGAGGGAGGGAGGCGAAGCACACUGCAGACACUCGUCCGCUGUCACUGCUCCGCAGCCAGAGGACAGAGGCAGCAACGGUGGGAGCGGGUGCGAUGGAGGAGGACGACUGUAUCAUCCAUCUGCGGCUCGGUCCCCAUCACUGACCGCCUCCCUCUGGGACCAGCCCGCCAAGUUGGGAACAAAACUACACUCUGCCCUUCACAAGAACACAAGUUCUGGACCCCCGAAACUCCUUCAGGACCAUCAUUCACACCCUUUUCUCUUUCACCCACACUCUCCAUCACCUCGUCUCCAGCUGAAGCCCGGCUCACUUCUCGUUGCUUUCCGGACUCGUGUGUUUUGGUUCUUCUUUGUCGUCGCCACCUUUCGCCGACCUUUGGAGCUGAGUGGAUUUACUUUUGUCCUGUGGUGGACCAUGGGGCUGGGGUGGAGGGGUGCAGGAGGGACCCUCAGUAAAAGGACAGGGGAGAGCUUUUUGGUGACAUUGCUGCUGUUCUGUGGUUUCUGGAAGGUGCACACACAGGCAGAUGAUGGGAAGUCUGUCUACUUCUGGGAAACAGGACCGUGGGGGAGGUGUAUGGGCAGCGACUGUGGUCCGGGCGGCAGCCAAAGCCGAGCAGUCUGGUGCGCCCACGUGGACGGCUGGACGACGCUCCACACCAACUGUGACCAGGGUCAGCGCCCCUCCAACCAGAGGAACUGUUUCCGUGUGUGCGACUGGCACAAGGACCUGUACAGCUGGAAGCUGGGUGCCUGGAACGAGUGUGUGCCGGUGUCGGCGAGGACCUUCGGGGCGCCACSGCAGUUCGUGUGCAGUGGAGGCGAAGAGGGCAUUCAGACACGGGAGGUGGGCUGCAUGCUCAAGUCUGAUGGGUCUCCAGCAGAGGAUGCCAUCUGUGAGUACUUUGAGCCCAAGCCUCGCCUGGAGCAGGCGUGUUUGAUCCCCUGCCCUCAGGACUGUGUGGUGUCUGAGUAUUCGCCAUGGACUUCCUGCUCCAAAACGUGUGGAACAGGCCUCAGGAACAGGGUACGCAGCGUCCUGGUGCCUCCGCUUUUCGGCGGCUCCAUUUGUCCCAAUCUUACUGAGUUCCAGUCGUGUAAACCGGGACCCUGCACGGGUCCCGAGGGCCUGUACAGCCUCAGGGUGGGAGCGUGGAGCCCCUGUGCCCUACCACAAACACGGACAGCACGGCAGGCCAAACGCAGGAAAGGUAAAGGCCAAGGACUCAGGGACCGAGCAGGAGUUAAAGACCCCGAGACCAGGGAACUUAUUCAGAAGAAACGGACCAGGAAUCGCCUUAACCGGCAAGAAAGUCCAUUCUGGGAUAUUCAGGUGGGAUUCCAGACCCGGGAGGUGGUCUGCAUUCACAGGAACGGGAGCAGUGUUGGACGCAACCUGUGCAUGCCUCGAGACCUGCCGCUGACCAUCCAGUCCUGCGUCCUCCCCAAAGACUGCCAGGUGACCGAGUGGACCGAGUGGAGCUCCUGCUCCAAGACCUGCGUGGACCCCGAGUCUCUGAGGGGGAACCGAACACGGAGAAGACAGGUGCUGCAGUUCUCUGUAGGCCAAGGUGUGGAGUGCCCGCCUCUGGAGGAGCUGGAGUCCUGUGAACCUGAGGGUGAGAGCCUGCCGCCCUGCGCCAGUUACACGUGGAGGACCACCGAGUGGAGCGACUGUCGGGUGGACCUGCUGCUGAGCCAGCAGGACCGGCGGCGCAGCAACGUGACGGGGCUUUGUGGAGGAGGUCUGCAGACGAGAGAAGUUUACUGUGUCCAGGCCAACGCCGAGCUCCUCAAAUACCUCAACGACCUCAGAGAAAAAGAAAAAGCAGGUCAGACCCAAAGACAGCAGAAGCCUAGUGUCCCCCCUCUCCUCUCCAUCACCUUCCAGAUUACAGCUUCCCGCCCAGUGGAAAAUAAACUGUGUAAGGGUCCGACCCCAAACAGAUCCCAGCUUUGCCAAAUCCCCUGUCCCAUCGACUGCGAGGUGUCCCCAUGGGGGGCCUGGGGUCCGUGCAUCUUUGAGAACUGUGAUGAUCAGACUGGAAAGAAAGGUUUCAAACUGCGGAAGCGACGGAUCACCAACGAGCCGACGGGAGGCCCGGGGAACUGCCCGCACCUGGUGGAGGCGAUGCCGUGUGAUGAGCCCAGUUGUUACAACUGGCAGCUGCUGGGUCUGGAUAAAUGUAUUCCUGAUGACGGCAGGCCGUGCGGUCCUGGUACGCAGCUGCCGCAGGUCCAAUGCAUCAACAGCAACGGAGAGCAGGUGGACAGAAAGCUGUGCUCGUCGUCCAAAGCUCCGGAGCCUGAACCCUGCGAUGUGCCCUGCUCGAGGGACUGCGUCCUGAGCGGCUGGACCUCGUGGUCCACGUGCUCCCAGACGUGCUCCAGUAAGACCAUCGAGGGCAAACAGAUGAGGACCCGCUCCAUUCUGGCCUACAACGCCGGUGAAGUCACUGCGAUGGUCGUGGCGUGGAUCACAGUGAUGGAGGGUCUGUCCCGAGUGCCCAAGUUUCCACAACUGUUUGGCGGAGCCCUGUGCCCGAACAGCAGUGCGCUUCAGGAGGUGCGGAACUGCAACGAACACCCUUGCAUGGUCUACCACUGGCAGACGGGACCCUGGGGCCCGUGCACAGAGGACCCCUCAGCCUCGUCUCUGAACACCUCCGCGGGGCUGCGGCCCAGCGGGGACGGCUCRGGUCUCUGCUCCAUGGGGAUGCAGACCCGAAAGGUCAUGUGUGUCCGGGUCAGCGUGGGACAGGUGCCACCGAAGAAGUGUCCAGACACCCCCCGCCCGAGCACCAUGCGACCGUGUCAGCUGCCCUGUAAGAAGGACUGCAUCGUCACGCCGUUCAGCGACUGGACCGAAUGUCCACUUACCUGUGAUGCAGCCGGCAACGUUGUGAAGAGGAAGCAGACGCGUAAACGUCUCGUCAUCCAGACGCCGUCCAACGAAGGACAGGAGUGUCCCGAGGUGCUGGAAGAGGAGCGGGACUGCGAGGUCCCCAAGAUCUGCCCAGGAUUCAGGUGGAAAUCUCACAAAUGGAGGAAGUGCCAGCUGGUCCCGUGGUUUCUCAGGAAGGACGCUCCUGGUGCACAAGAGACCUGCGGACCAGGACUUCAGACRAGAGCCGUGUCCUGUCGCCAGCUGGACGGGACGCAGGCCGACAUCAGCGAGUGUCUGAGUUCAGCCAAGGCCAUGCCCGCCAUCACUCAGCGCUGUCAGCUCCCCUGCCAGGARGACUGCCAGUUGACCAACUGGUCCAAGUUCUCGUCCUGCACAGCUGACUGUGUGGGGGUCCGGACCAGAAAGAGAGCAUUGAUAGGGAGAAGCAAAAAGAAGGACAAGUGUAAAAACACACAGAUGUACCCUCUGAGCGAGACGCAGUACUGCCCCUGCGAUAAGUACAACGCUCAGCCGGUGGGGAAGUGGUCCGACUGCAUCCUGCCAGAGGGGGGCCGAGCCGAGAGCACCAUGGGAAUGAAGGUCCAGGGGGACAUUAAGGAGUGCGGACAGGGCUACCGCUACCAGGCCAUGGUGUGCUACGACCAGGACAACCGGCUGGUGGAGACGUCCCGCUGCAACAGUCACGGUUACAUCGAGGAGGCGUGCAUCAUCCCCUGUCCGUCGGACUGUAAGCUCAGCGAAUGGUCCAACUGGUCGCGCUGCAGCAAGUCCUGCGGGAGCGGAGUGAAGGUUCGAUCCAAGUGGCUCCGGGAGAAACCCUACAACGGGGGCCGGCCGUGCCCAAAGCUGGACCACAUCAACCAG